AUGUCUUCGCAAAGGUGUUUGAAAUUCGUCCAGAGCGUCUUUGAAUCUUUCCAGGCCAAUUCUGGUUUGGAGCCAAGGCUUCUCAAUGGUCUCCGCGUCACAGCAGCACGACCCGGAGUCGUGAACUUCGAGCUUCCCAUUGAGAAACACCACACUAACCGUCUCAACAUCCUUCAUGGUGGAACUAUAGCCAGCAUGGUAGAUCUAGGCGGUUCUCUCGCCGUGGCUUCCCGUGGACUCUUCGCUACAGGCGUUUCUACUGAUCUCAAUGUCACCUACCUAAACUCAGGCGGCAAGAUCGGAGAUGUGAUUCGUGCGGAAGUCACUUGCGAUAAAUUCGGCAAAACUCUUGCUUACACAUCCAUCAACUUCCACAACGACAAGCAACAGUUGGUUGCCAGAGGAAGCCACACAAAGUACGUGACCCUCGCUUGGAAGGACUCAAACAACAUCGUCGAGGAACUAUCGCCUAAACCGGAGAAAUGA